GUAUAUAUGUGUAUAUACGUACAUGCAUAUAUAUAUAAGUAUAUAUUGUUAUUCACAACACACAUAUAUAUAUAACACACACAUACACAUACGUACGAUUAUAUAUGAAUGUUGACAAAGAAUAUCUACGAGUAGAUUAAAAAAUGUGUAUAGAAUAUUUUAUAUUAAUGUCAUGUAUGACGGCCUUUGUUAAGUUUUAAACAAAUUUUUACGAUUAAUGUCAAAAUAUAUACAUACACAUACUAUAAACGCCUUUAUGGAAAAUAAAUUAUGUUCAUUUGCAGAUAAAAUUUGAAUAGAGACGUUUUUUUAUAAGAAAAUUAAGCUAGGAAUUAAAUGAACUAUUCAUGUGUUAGAAAAUAUUUAUGCAAUGAUUUAUUUUUGAAUUUGUGCAUUAACAUACCUCAAGUUUGAAAGGUAUCAAACUUAUUUAGAUUUGUAACAAAGAGAAAUACAGAUUUCAAAAGUAAUAGAUUGAUAAUGGCAUAUUUGAUAAAUUCAAAUAUUUAAUUUUCACUUUUUUUAGCGUCAUUUUAUUGUUUUUACACAUUUUCAAUUGUAUACUACAGUUGAUAUGAUAAUAUGCAAUAUAUCAUUGUUAACGUUUUUAACAAUUUGAUAACAAUAUCAUGACCACCUAUAUGAUAGAAUUAGGUAUAAUUAGAUCUAGGAAUUAUUUCCCAAUAACUUCCACUACUGAAUAUUAAGAGGAAUACAUGUGAUCUACUGUUUAGCUAUUUAUAAAUAAAAUAAAAACAAUUCACGUUUUUGCAAUAAUUAAACUUCGGAACGAAUAAUCUUUUGAGUUUCACCUUCGGUCAAGUUUUUUUUUUAUAUCUUACCUAGUAUGUUCUAUACAUGCUCUACAUUUUAUUUGCAAAUAAAAGCAUACUUUCAAUUUUCAUUUGUUUCGAUUUAUGCUUAAGUUUCAUAUAAAGCAAAUUAAAUGUUAAAGUAUAGGUUAUAAGAACGAAGUACUAAUAAUACAAUGUUUGUUACGUGUCACAUUUGCGCUGAUUUUAAAGAUGGCCUAAUCAUAUGUGCAAACGUAUAAACAAGAAAUUAGGUUAGAAACAACUGAAUGGAUUUCUCUAUGCAUAUGAGAAAUUUUUCUUGUUUGCGCAUCUCAAUUGAAUUACAAGACCUCUAUUGUUCAUUUCUCACUUCGUGACUCAUAUACACAGUGAACGAAAAAUAUAUGAAUAGGGAGAAGAAAUAAUUAUAUAUGAGGUGUACUGAAAUAAAAAAUCACUAGAUAGGUGCUGCUUGAUACUAUGAUAUUGUAAAGGCGCAUGCGCGUUACCCUUGGUUACGAAACGUGCUUCACCAAUCAAAUCUUAUGUGCGUACAAUAAACGAAAACUCGUUGUCUCGAAUACACUUCUCUCGUGGACGCAAGUAUUCACAAGGAUUGGUAGUUUGAUAUUUUUAACUUUUCUAUUUAGAAUAAAAAGUCUGUCCAUAUCUUGAAGAGAGUGAACAUAGAAUCUAUUAAUUAGAAAUAUCAUAACAUUUUCAACGUUCGUAUCAUAUUGAUGGCUAAGUUACGAAAUACUGUGGCGAUAACAAGGUUAUGUUAAGGAGUCAGUAAACAAGUAACAAUUCGUAGAAACACACGUUCGUUGAACAUGGUAAUUCUUGCAAACUCGCAGGAUGAAAAUAGUGGAGAAAAUAUUCGAAUAACUUUAAAUGUGCUUAAAAAGCACAUAAAUCAGUAUAAUCUUAGAGAUAAGUACAUAAAUUCUAAAUCAGAUUUGACGAGAAGUCGCCGGAUCGAGGAACUGAUAAUGGAAGAGAAGCAUCUCUCCCAACAAUUCCAUCAAAUCAGGAAAGAAAUAAAGCGUUAUGAAAGAAAAUAUGAGAAAAUAUUGAAGAGAAAGGUAAAAUUGAUGGCUGUUAAGAUUAAAGAUGACUUAUAUAGACUGAAUACUCUCAAGCAAAAAUACAAGGAGUUGAAUGCACAAAUCAGCAAAACUGCAGAAGAAAGUAAACCAGAAAGAAAGGAAAGCUCAAAGAGAACAUGUCAAGUACGACAGCGAAUGAAGAGGAAAUUACGUAAGUUUGGACAAAAGAAUGUGCCGUUCAAUAAAAAAAUCAAAAUCAAGAUUAAGAAAAAUGAGAAGCUAGGUAGACGUGAAAUGCUUUUCAUCAAUGAAAAUGGGCAGCAACAGUUAGAUAAAUAUCUAAAAAUUAGAAAACCGACUGUAUUAAAUACACGAGAAUGUAAAAUCAUGUUAGAAAGAUUAACCACCGAACAAAUGAAUCGAAUUAUGCAGCAACGAUGGGAGCAACAAAAAAGCAAGGAAGCAGCAGCAAAUUUCUUGCAGAAAAGUAACGUAACGAAUAAUGAAAUAAAUAAUGAAAAGACUAACGAAAAGAGUAAUGAAAUAGCAGCAGACAAACCAAAUUGGCAUAUAAAGAUUCCAAAAUCAGUGUUUGAAGAAAUUCAAAAAGAAGAUGGUAGUUCUGGGUUAAAUGUUACUUCCCCAAUUAGAAAUAUUACCACCAGACAAGUACAGAAUAAUGCAAACUAACUUAUAAUGGUAUCCGUGUUAUGCAUCCAUUAGGAAAUAAACAAACAUCUUAAGCAGUAUAUAAUUAUUGAUACUUGUUUUUUUUUUCUUAUUUAUCUCUAUUUAUUUUUAUCAAAGAAGAAAGUUUUAUUGGUUGAAUCCUUUAACUUAAAAUCGGAUUUUUAAAUCGUAUCUUUCUCUUUAUACUUAUGUUUAUGUUUAAAAAUAACUACAGAUUAAAAUUUGUUCUAAAUAAUGAUAUAUUUAUGUGAAAUAACUUAUCAUUCAUGAUAUUUCAUAAGGCACAUAAUAUGUUUAGUUUACUCUUCAAACAUAGUAUUAUUAAUAUUAUGGAAAGGAGAAAACGUAUUAAGAUUAACAAAAACUGAAAAUACCUACAAUGACACAUAGAUUUAAUACACACAUAAGACUGUCUAGUAAAAUGUGUCAUUUAAUAUUGAUAAAUCAUUAUGAGCUUCUUUAACUAUAUAACUUUAAGCUUAGAAAUAUUAUAUUCUCUAAACAGUAUUUUAAAUAAUUAUGUUAUCAAUUCUUAUGUUAUUGGACUAUUUUUAUGCAUCACUUGUUAAAAAACACUUGUUCAUUUAAUGUCUGAAAUGAAGGCUCGACAACUUUAAUUUGACAUUAUAAAGGUAGACAAGCAAAACGGAAUUUAUAUCUACCAAGAAUUAUAAUUGAACAAAUGGAUUGUAUACGUACAAAUGCUUCAAGAAUACGAAGAUGAAUAUUUAUAUUAUUGGAAGGGGUAGCAAUGUUUACAUAUAUUUGUCAACAUAAUGAUACAUUUGCAUAAGUGUUCUUACACCUACAUGAUAAUACAGUACAGAGGAUUUUCGAGUGACAACUGAAUAGUGUUAUUUCUGGAUCUAAGAUAUAUUUAAAUAAUUGCCGUACACUGGUACUAAGGAUCAUUUCUACAUUAAACUAACAUGUUAAUAGUAUUAAAAUGAUACGUGCUAAUAAAUUAUUAAACGAAACUGUACACUGUCGUUUCGCCAUGCAAGAACUGGCAAAAAAGGAAGAAUUAAAUCAAAUCUCAUACUCCACAUGUGUUGUAAUUGAAAAAUACUUGAUAAUUGGCAGUAUUAUUGUUUCAAAAGUAUUGUUGCAAAACGUUUAAGGUGUUACAUAUGCAGAUGUAGAUCUGAGAUAAAUAAAACCAGAAUAUCUAAUACAAGAAGAGAUUGUUAGUUAACUCUGUAAACUAUUAAUAUAUAUAUAAAAAACAAGAUAUAUUCACAUUACGCAGCAAGGUAUGUUUUACUAACGCUGUCAUGAGCGAUAAAAAGGGCAGCAUAUUAUUGAUAAAUCUCAUAAUUCACUUUUCCUUUUCUGCUUAAUAUUCUUUGCAAACACGAUGAAACGUAUCAUUAAAUUUAAUUUGCAUGGUUUGCGCCAAUGUAAUAAAUGUAAAAAUUUUGAUCAUA